AUGGCAGCGUUCUUGCAGUGGAGGCGAUUCGUGUUUUUUGAUAAAGAAACAGUGAAGGAUCCCAGUGAAAAUGGAAAGAACUUCACCCUGCCGGUGGGAAUAUCGGCUUGUGAUUCGGGCCGGGGACACAUUGUUCUCGGAGAUAUGGAAGGUCAGAUUUGGUUUUUAACGCGAUCGCUGCAGUUGAGCUCCUUCCAAGCCUACAAACAUCAGGUGACUCAUCUGUACCAGCUGAAACAGCACAGCAUUCUGGUGUCUGUGGGUGAGGAUGAACAUGGCCCACUGGUGAAGGUGUGGAACACGGAUAAGAGAGACAGCGGCAGUCCUCUGUGCACUCGCAUCUUUCCAGCUAUUCCUGGAAACAAACCUGCAGAAGUGUCCUGUAUCAGUGUACAUGAAAACCUUAACUUUAUGGCUAUAGGCUUUACAGACGGCAGUGUUGUUUUGACGAAAGGAGACAUCACACGAGAUAGACACAGUAAAACUCUCACCCUUCACGGAGGAACGUCUCCUGUCACAGGUCUGGCUUUUCGUCAAGCAGGAAAAGUCACUCACCUUUUUGUAGCCACUCUUGAAAAAGUACAGAGUUACACUUUGUCUUUGAAAGAGUAUCCUUGUCUGGAGCUGGACACACACGGUUGUGCUCUUCGCUGUUCAGCCCUGACUGACCCGUCCCAGGACUCCCAGUUUAUCGUAGCAGGAGAUGACUGUGUCUAUCUGUAUCAACCUGAUGAAAGGGGACCGUGCUUUGCCUUUGAUGGACAUAAGAUAUUGGCCCAGUGGCACCGGGGUUACUUGCUGCUCGUUUCCAAAGACACCAAGUCACCUAACAAACCUGAUUUUGGGAGCAGAGAGACUUCUCCGACAGAAAAACACGUCUUGACAAUUUAUGACCUGGACAAUAAGUUCAUUGCGUACAGUGCUGCAUUUGGUGACAUCGUAGACGUCCUGGCAGAGUGGGGUUCGUUCUACGUCCUGACAAGAGAUGGAAAGAUGUUCAUGCUGCAAGAGAAGGACACCCAGACCAAGUUAGAGAUGCUGUUUAAGAAAAACCUUUUUGUGAUGGCAAUAAACCUUGCGAAGAGCCAGCAUCUGGAUAACGACGGACUAUCUGAGAUAUUCAGGCAAUAUGGAGACCAUCUGUACAUCAAAGGAGACCAUGAUGGAGCUAUUCAGCAGUAUAUUAGAACCAUUGGGAAACUGGAACCCUCGUAUGUCAUUCGUAAGUUCCUGGAUGCUCAGAGAAUACACAACCUGACGGCAUACCUGCAGGCUCUGCACAGGCAGUCCCUGGCCAACGCGGAUCACACCACGCUACUGCUGAACUGCUACACUAAACUGAAGGACAGCUCCAAGCUUGAGGAAUUUAUUAAGAGCAGUGAGAGUGAGGUGCAUUUUGAUGUGGAAAUUGCAAUCAAGGUUCUGCGCCAGGCUGGGUACCACAGCAAUGCUGUGUUCCUGGCAGAGAAACAUUCUCAUCACGAGUGGUACUUGAAGAUCCAGUUGGAGGAUUUAAAGAACUACCAGGAAGCGUUGCGAUAUAUUGGACGGCUUCCAUUCGAGCAGGCAGAGACCAACAUGAAGCACUAUGGGAAAACACUGAUGCACCAUGUUCCUGAGAGCACCACUGUGUUACUGAAAAGGCUGUGCACCGACUACCAGCCCAGCCGGGACUCAGUUGACUCUGACAGUCUGGAUAGGUCAGCUGUAAAUAAGGCGAAUGCAGAGGAGUUCAUUCCAAUCUUUGCUAAUAAUCCACGAGAGCUACGAGCAUUUCUUGAGCACAUGAUUAACGUUGAACCAGCAUCGCCACCAGGUGUGUACGAUACGCUGCUGGAGCUUCGGCUGCAGGACUGGGCUCACGAACAGGAUCUCAAGAAAAAAGAAAUCCUGCAGAGGGAGGCAUUGUCACUGUUAAAGGAUGAAACCGACAAGGCUUCGAUAAGAUUCGAUAAGGCUCUGGUGCUCUGCCAAAUGCACAACUUCAAAGAGGGUGUGCUGUACCUCUAUGAGAAGGGUGAACUGUACCAGCAAAUCAUGCACUACCACAUGCAGAAUGAGGAGUACUCAAAGGUGGUCGAGGCCUGUAAGCGCUUUGGAGAAAAGGAAGUAUGUCUGUGGGAACAGGCUCUGGGCUACUUUGCCCGCAAAGAGGAAGACUGCAAGGCUUACAUUAGUCAGGUCUUGCAUCAUAUUGAUCAGAAUAACCUCAUGCCACCGCUGUUGGUGGUGCAGACAUUGGCCCAUAAUUCCACUGCAACACUUUCAGUCAUCAAAGAUUACCUGAUUAACAAACUGCAGAGGGAGAGCAAACAAAUCGAAGAAGACGAGAGAAAGAUCCAGCAGUACCGUGAUGAGACUGCACACCUGCGUGCUGAGAUCCAGGAACUCAGAACCAGUGCAAAGAUUUUCCAGAAGACAAAGUGCAGCAUGUGCAACAGCCCUUUAGAGUUACCAUCUGUACAUUUCUUGUGUGGUCACUCUUUCCAUCAGCACUGCUUUGAGAGCUACGCUGAGAGCGAGGCUGAGUGCCCUACCUGCACUCCUGAGAACAGAAAGGUGAUGGACAUGUUGCGGGCACAGGAGCAGAAACGAGACUUACAUGAUCGAUUUAAUGAACAGAUGAGGGUUUCUAACGAUGGCUUCUCAGUGGUGGCAGAUUACUUUGGUCGCGGAGUUUUCAAUAAACUGACUCUGAUAACAGAUCCACCUGGUGGCAGGGCUGGGCAUGGAAGUCUGGAAGCUGAUCUACAGAGAGACCUGCUCAUUCAUACCAAGAGAAAUGUCUGAGAGAAUUACUGCAAGCUGUUAAUGUCCUAAUGAACCUUAUUUAAUUGCAAGGGCAAAUGUUGGAGUUGAUAAUAUGUCAUGUUUUCAGUGCUUGUUCUGUAGUCUCAUCUGUACCUUUAACUUUCAAAGUUGGACUAUGCAUGGUUUCUGUUAUGGCUUAUUUUGAAUUAAGCCCAGCUGAUAUAAAGAGAUCUUCUUUCCUAAAAAAUCUGGAGCUAAUAUCCCAUACAGCUUUCUGCAACAUAUCUAUAGGGUAAACUGCCUUAUAUGUUUGUAAAUGAACUGUGAAUAUACUAAUACAUUUGGCUUCUUGUAAGCUGUUUUUGCCAUUUAUAAUCAUUGAUAUUACAGUAUUAAAUAUGUGAUGCUGUGAUACUCAUAAAUAUAUACAAUAAUAAAAGCUCUCACUA